AUGCAUUUCACAACGAAGAUGGAUAAUUCUCGCAAAUCGUUCAGCAUCGACGCUUUGUUGUCGAAAUCCUCAUCCGUUUCAACACCCAAGAAAACUUCAGACUCUGAACAUCGUUUUCAUUCUAAAUCACCAUUAGUAUCACCUGUGGUAACUCUAGGGUCGCCUAGACCCUCGUCUUCAGGUUCUAGCCACCGAAGUAACAGUCCUGACUCGAGCUUAUCCCCUUCCGGAUCCGGUGGUUUCACAUCCGGCACGUUUAUUCCCCGCCCAGGACUUUUAAAUACACAGCAUCCAGCUCUAUUACAUCAACAUUCGGUUGCAAUACAAGGUCUCCUGCAUGCCCAACAGAUGUACGGGGCGUUUAAUGGACACGCAAGUGGGCAUAAUGGAAGCGGAAGUGGUGUUCCCAUGUUUUCCGGAAGUGCUUUCCACAGUCCUGCGGAUCAUGCAUAUAAACUUUCACAACACGCGCAAAAUAUCCAGCCUUACCUGAAUGAGUGGUUUGCACGUGGCGGCAUGUUGAUGCCCCGUAUGAUGGAUUACACAGCCCAGCAACAGUCCAGUCUACUCGGUAAGACUAGGCGACCUCGGACGGCCUUCACCAGUCAACAAUUGCUGGAGUUGGAGAGACAAUUCAAGAUGAACAAAUACCUUUCACGGCCCAAACGGUUCGAGGUGGCGACAUCGCUAAUGCUUACGGAGACACAGGUUAAGAUAUGGUUUCAAAACCGGAGAAUGAAAUGGAAACGAAGCAAAAAGCCUUCAUCAGAAACAUCACAGAAGAGAAUGGCGGAGGGAGAUAAAGGGAAUAGCCAUUACGUCACACAGAAAGAGGAUCAGUCACAACCUGGCGACAAAAUAGAUGCAUUUGACAUCGACCCAGAAUCUGAGGAGGUAGAAAUCGAUGACGAUGAUGAAGAUGAAGUAGAUUGUGAGUCACGUGAUGGAGAUAUUAAUGAUAUCGUUCAUACACAAUCUGAUAUUCGCGGAGGUGGUUUACCGGAUUCAAAUUUCAGCUUGAAACAGUUCGGAUUAAUACAAGCCAGCAUUUAG